AAGUUGACCAUGAGAGAGGAAGAAGAAACAAGGAAUCACCAGUAAGAAACAUUAUUCUCUCCAUGUUUAUUGUGGGAGUCAAAUUCAGAAAAGUCCAAAAAAUUCCAGGCCAUUUCUUGCAUAUUACAAGCUGUUGGAGAAACCCAAGAUCCCACGAGCUCUCCCAAAAAAAACUAAUCCCCAUACAACAAUAAUGCUAAUCAUUUAUUAAUUCUGCAAAACCAAUCAUACCAUUUUCUCCCCAUUAGUACCUCUCAUAUAACACACCCUCUGACACCCUCUCUCUCUCCUCCCCAUCUCUCUCCCCAUUUCCAAUGGUGGGAAAAAAAAACUAAGAGAUUACUAACAAAGAUCGAUGCAGCAGAAGAAGAACAACAAUAUGAAGUUCUUUCAAACACAGUUCUUGUUCUUGUUUUUCUGUUUCUUCUGCUGUUGCAUUGAGAGAUCUUUUUCGGCCGAUGAAACGUCUAUUCUACUAUCGAUAAAAGCAGGCCUAGUUGAUCCGUCGGAUCAGCUAGGGAAUUGGAAGUUGCCAGCCAAUGGCAACGGGAACGCUUCAGUCCAAUGUGGUUGGACCGGAGUGUCCUGCAACUCUGAUGGAGAAGUCGAAGUACUCGACCUCUCCCGCAUGAAUCUAAGCGGCAUUGUCUCGGACGAGAUACAAAACCUGGAGUCUCUCACUUCUCUCAACAUUUGCUGCAAUGCGUUUUCAUCAUCUCUGCCGAAAUCCUUCUCAAGUUUCACCAAAUUGCAGAGUCUUGACUUGAGUCAGAACAACUUCGUUGAUGCCUUUCCAGUGGGCAUUGGGAUGGCAGCAGGGUUGACAACACUGAAUGUUUCCAGCAACAAUUUCUCAGGAGAAAUCCCGGAGGAUUUCGGAAACGCAACGUCUCUCCAGAUUCUUGAUCUGAGAGGGAAUUUCUUCGAAGGAACGAUUCCGGGCUCUUUCAAAAACUUGGGGACAUUGAAGUUUCUUGGGCUUUCUGGGAAUAAUCUUACAGGCCAAUUGCCACCGGAGUUAGGCCAGAUUUCCUCACUCGAGACUAUGAUUCUCGGGUACAACGAAUUCGAAGGCGAAAUCCCAGCUGAGUUUGGUAAUCUUACCAAUCUCAAGUACCUUGAUUUGUCAGUUGGCAAUCUUGGUGGGUCCAUUCCAGCUGAACUUGGAAAGCUAGAGGUGCUAAACACACUUUUGUUGUACAACAACGAUUUUGAAGGGGCAAUUCCACCAGAUAUUGGAAACAUCACUUUGUUACAGAUUCUGGAUCUCUCUGACAACAAUUUGUCUGAAGAAAUCCCACCUGAGAUUUCUCAGCUGAUAAAUCUGCAGCUCCUAAACCUGAUGGGCAACCAAUUCUCAGGCUCAAUCCCUUCUGGAUUGGGUGACUUGACUCAACUAACAGUCCUUGAGCUAUGGAACAAUACCCUUACCGGCCCUUUACCGCCUAAUCUUGGCCAGAAUUCACCCCUCCAGUGGUUGGACGUAUCGUCCAAUUCGCUUUCCGGUCAAAUCCCGGCUACAUUAUGUGGUGGAGGUAACCUCACUAAACUGAUCCUCUUCAACAAUGAUUUCUCCGGUCCAAUUCCUACUGCAUUGUCUGCUUGUACAUCCCUUGUCCGUGUUAGAAUGCAAAACAAUCUUCUUUCUGGUACAAUCCCAGUUGGUUUUGGCAAACUUGGGAAGCUUCAGAGGUUAGAAUUGGCUAAUAACAGUCUCACAGGCCAAAUCCCAAGUGACAUUUCUACUUCUACUUCACUUUCUUUCAUUGAUUUCUCCCAAAACCACCUCCAGUCUUCUCUUCCUCCCUCCAUCCUUUCCAUUCCCAAUCUCCAAAACUUCUUGGCAUCCAAUAACAACUUAGUAGGAGAAAUCCCAGAUCAGUUUCAAGACUGCCCUUCACUCGCGGUGCUUGAUCUCUCCUCUAACCACUUCACAGGAAGCAUUCCCGCGAGCAUUGCUUCCUGUGAGAAAUUGGUCACUUUGAAUCUCCAUAGCAAUCAAUUAACCGGACCAAUCCCAGUAGAAAUCGCAUUGAUGCCCACAUUAUCCGUUCUUGAUCUAUCCAACAAUUCUCUGACCGGUGGAUUACCCGAAAACUUUGGCAACUCUCCUGCCUUAGAAGUGCUCAAUGUUUCUUACAACAACCUAGAGGGUCUUGUUCCUUCCAACGGUAUGCUCAGGACAAUAAACCCCAAUGACCUUAUCGGCAAUGCUGGUCUCUGCGGUGGGGUCUUACCCCCUUGCUCCCAAAACUCAAUCUAUAGGGAAAAGAGUUUGCACGCUAAACACAUUGUUGCAGGAUGGGUCAUAGCCAUCGCAUCGCUUUUGGCUUUCGCGUUGGCAGUUUUAGGUGGUCAAUCUCUAUACAAGAGGUGGUACUUAGAUGGGUGUUGCUUCGAGGAAAGGUUUGAAAUGGGGAAAGGACAGUGGCCUUGGAGAUUACUGGCAUUCCAGAGGCUUGGGUUCACCAGCGACGAUAUUUUAGAGUGCAUCGAGGAUUCGAAUGUGGUUGGAACGGGUGCGACUGGGGUUGUUUACAAGGCAGAUUUACGACGACUGAAUACAGUUGUGGCAGUUAAAAAGUUGUGGAAAUCGGGGACAGAUAUCGAACUGGGGACAAGCGAUGAUCUUGUUGGGGAAGUGAAUGUCCUUGGGAGGUUAAGGCAUCGGAAUAUUGUGAGAUUAUUGGGAUUUCUUCACAAUGAUUCUCAAUCAAUGAUAGUCUACGAGUAUAUGCCGAAUGGAAGCCUUGGUUCAGCUUUACAUGGAAAGCAAGGAGGGAGGAUGCUUGUGGAUUGGGUUUUGAGAUACAACAUAGCAGUUGGAGUAGCUCAAGGGCUCGCAUAUCUCCAUCACGACUGCCACCCUGCGGUCCUCCACCGGGAUGUCAAGUCAAAUAACAUAUUGCUCGACGCGAAUCUUGAAGCGAGGAUUGCAGAUUUCGGAUUGGCGAGGAUGUUGGUUAGAAAGAAUGAGACAGUUUCUGUGGUUGCUGGAUCCUACGGAUACAUAGCCCCUGAAUACGGAUAUACGUUGAAAGUGGACGAGAAGAGCGAUAUAUACAGCUACGGAGUUGUUCUGAUGGAGCUUCUAACGGGUAAACACCCGUUGGAUCCUAAGUUUGCAGAAUCUGGUGACAUAGUUGAAUGGAUUCGGAGGAUGAUUCGAGAAAACAAAUCUCUGGAAGAAACACUGGACCCUAUCGUUGGAAAUUGCAAACAUGUUCAGGAAGAGAUGCUUUUGGUUCUUCGGAUAGCGCUUCUUUGUACAGCCAAGCUUCCGAAAGACAGGCCAUCCAUGAGGGAUGUCAUAACCAUGCUUGGAGAGGCAAAGCCUCGAAGAAAAAGCAGUAGCACCGGUGCCAUAGGAAAUGCUGUUGACAAAGAAAAGCCGGUCUUUACCACAUCACCAGUAAAUGGCCUAAUGUAAGAACAGGACACCAGAUCAGUUAAUUUGAAGCAUAGGUAACACGAGGUCGCAAUCAGUGCACAAGGUCCGGGAAAGAUGACAGUAGGCGGCGUAACGUCACUCUCGUGUGAACAUCCUAAUUCUUGCGAUCGUCACAACGUUGUGACGGACAACACUUACCAUCGUUUCAGGUCAUGACCUGUUGAUAAUAGAGUCACUCCUGAGUGUUUUAAUUCUUCUUCUUCUGUACGUACAAGUUUCUUUGUUUAAUCUGUAAUCCCUUUUUCCCAAGUUUUGUUGUUUCAUCUUUCUUUCUUUUGUUGUACAAGCAAAUAUAUUUAAGCUAAAUACAAAACCACCUUAUUGUACCUACUGUAGAAUUACAACAAUGGAAUUUUCAGUUGCCCUGUUCGUUC